AUCAGGAUUACUUAAUCCUUAAUCAUUGAGUCAUAAAUUUGACUUUAAGUAAAUAAGCCCGUCGCUUGGAUUUCUUCCUGGUUUGGAGUUUUUUAACUUGGACAAAGAAAAUAGAUUGUUCAAGAUGAAAGGUGCCGUCUAUACCUUGUGCUUUGCCUUGUGCAUCGCCUUAGUUUACUCGCAGACAAAAGCUAAGCCUACGGCAAAGCCAAAACCAACAACACCAAAACCAACAGUUGCCCCAGCUGCUUUAAAAUGUCGGGUUUAUAAUGUCACUGUCAAGAUAACAAACCAAACACAUACAGAYGACCUUGUCAACCCUUACUCUGCCGACUAUAACAAGUUAAAACUAGAAAUGGAAGCAGGACAAAGCUGCGGACGGUAAAACAAAUGUUGAAAUAUACCUCGAGAUGAAGAGCAACAGCACUGCCCAUUUGGGUAACCUUAUUGCCCAGCUUGCCAAGGGAAAGCUCGGUGCAUACCCAGCAGGAAAGAAAUUAGUCUAUGCAGGUUGCUACUACGUUCCACCAAUCCAAGUCUGYUCUUAUGGUUGYCCRACAAUAUGCGCCCCAUCAUGCAGCACCACAUGCUGCAAUCAGUACGCAAUACCUGCACCWCCAGUUGUUGUCCCUGCACCWCCACCACCACCACCUCCUCCWCCACCACCAUCUUGCCCUGCACCAUGCCAUCCUGCUUGCGCYCCUUCCUGCACCCCAGCAUGCUGCAAUACAGGAUACUUGGCCGGCCCUUACGGAAAGAGGGAACAUGCCCCAAAACCCAAAAAGGAAGACAUGAAGAAACUCAAGAAGCACUUACUCAAGAAACACCACAAGUCCAACAAGCACUAAAAGUGAUUUUUCAUCUUUGAGACAGGAUUUUGAAAGAUUGGAAACACUUUUUUGAAUUCUGUUUAGGUUUUUAGGAUAAUCCCUUUUAGUAAAGAUAUUACUGAAGUUCAUAGGAAAMCCCUUUAGCUGAAUACAACGUACAGCUAUCCUUUAGAAUUAAAGACCCCGAAACCGAUUUGGAAAGUCCAUCAAUAUCAAUAUGAUAGUUCCUUGGCGAGAUUCUGUUGAAAAGAUAUAUCAUAAAUUUUGCCAAAUUCGCAAGUGUUCAAACGUUUUCAGUACGUUUUGAAAGAGUUUGGAUACAUGUGAGACGUACGCCGAGUUUUUGAAGCUAUUCGUACACUUUAGUGAACUUUCGUAUAAAGUUAUCAAUGGCUAUUUCCAGGAAUUUUGAYUUGCAAAAUCCAUGGAAACUCCGAAUAGAAGAGGUUCAAUCUUUAGCAAUAUGAAUCAUAUUUGAAGUUUAUGGCUCGAAUCGAGCCGUUUAAUAUACUGCCAAGACGUUAUAGCUGGCGAAUUAGGUUAAACUGCCUGUAGAUAUUUCAAGAUUCCUGGGGCCUUCGGAAAACCUUUGACAAUCAUCAGAGGGCUAUCAGAUAUCUCUUCUAGUGACAAAUGAGCAACAUACUUCGAGCAGAUCUGCUUUCCUUCACGAGGAAAAUGCGUCUGUUCCAGAGAAAAAUGAGCUGUAAAUUUUGAAAACCGUGUUCUUCGUAUUCUGAGUAAUCAGUAUUCACUAUAUUGUAUUUAUAAAAUAGUGAAAAACUGAAAGUUUAUUAUUUUUUAGGUUCAUGUUUAUUUGUUUGGUUAUUUGUAGCAUUGUCUUAAGUGUUACUGGGAAAUURUUAGGAUUUAAUGUCUUAAUGUAUAUAAAUAUUGUAAGUUGCAAAGGUAAUAAAAAACAACAGACAUAAAAUUGAAAAAAAAAA